GUUUUCUAAACUGUACAGGCCAUUUUAAAAUGCAAAAAUUAGGUUGGUGGUUACGACGCAACAAGGCAAAACAUUUCAUUCAAUUUCAUCAGAAAUGGUUUUAGGACAACUGACUGAUGAAGUACAACACAUCACACGAACCGCUAGCACAGGUGCAGCCCGACUAUCCCAGAGCUAAUUGCAAAGAACUGCCGAAAACCACAGCUGUGAUACAUUUACUGUGUUCCAACUAUUUACUGAAGCCUGUUUCUUCCUCCUUACGACGGACAUUGCGCUGGUGUUUCGUUAGGCGAAUCCUCAUUCAAAGUACAAAAUGCGAAAAUUACGUGGAGGACAAACUAAAGAAACGCGCAAACAGCGCCAAGAGCGGAAGGAGGAAAAUUUGAAAAUCCAGCAACAGAUGAAAACGAUAGUAUUGCCUACGGUCGUAGUGAUUUUUCUGUGCAUAGUGGUGUACGUAUUUCUAAAAACACGUCCACGAUACGAUGAGCUCUAGUGAGACGACGACCAUUUGGAGGAGAAAAUGUUCUUCGUACGUGUUUGUUGUUUUUUUUUUAAUUAUUUCUAACGGGACAAACCCGUGCAAGGUUCAACUUACAAUGCAAUAUUUAAAGCAGAUAAUCGGAGCCGUCUGAUCAUACGCACAACAUGAUUAUAUGUACAGGUUAUUGUGAAUAUAUCAGCGGACUAUAUUUACACUCGAAAUGAAA